AUGUGCAUCCUUCACUCGCUUCCCAUCCCGUUUCAGCGAUAUACCCUUGGCCUAUUCAGCCUCGACGCCAUCCUCCUCCCCAAGCGCAAGCCCAACGAAACCCCCUUAGACAAAAUAUACGUAAUGUACCACUACCUAAUCCGCGGCGACUACAAAGUCCUCCGCAACGAAGUGCAAGACUUCUUCGACCACACAAACUGGCACGUCCACUCCAUCCCCGACCCGCGCGACCACGAUCCAGAGCGCUACGCCAUACUCGCUGCUAUAACGCAAUACCUUGCGCAUGGCAUCAAUCGUCGUAUUAAGAUCAGCCAUGGGUGUCGGAAGGAGCCCUUGGGGCCAUGGAAGACGGCGGCGUACGACGCCUGCUACAAUGGCAGGGGCGGCCUACCAAUUUUUGAAAAGCUGGAGAGGGAGCCGAAAUGGGCGGGGAGGGUUAAGAGGGUAAAUAAUGGGUUAGAGAUUUGUCAAAGUUGGAACAGUGCGGUGUGGGGAGAGAGAACGAGUAUGAGGUUUGCGGCCAAGGGAAUUGUGAGUAUGGAGAUUGUGGAGUGCUUCAUUUGA